GGUUGUUGAUAUCACACAAUUCAUGCCAUGGGUAAUUAGUUGAUUGGUGUCUAAAACAUGGCGAAUACAUAGAGGUCCGUUGCAACGGAUGAAAGAAAUGAACUUGAAUGAUGCUCCUCCUUGUCUGUGCUCUAUACCGUGCGUGUAUCGGAUCUUGCCGACUUCACAAUAUGCACUUGCCAUCCAGUGCUCUUCACUUUUUCCGAGAAGGAAGGCCACCCAUCUCAUCGUACCCUACUCACUGCACAGUCUUAGAAGUGAAGCACUCGAAAUCACCUGUCCCCCAUUCGGAUGCCACAGCCACCGCGAGCCAUGGCCAACUCAAGUCAAUAACCCUAUUAAGGUUCCAAUAUCUAUCACCUGAACCUUUCCAGAUGCCUAACAACAGUCCAGCAGCCUUCACAGCAUCACCAAUAACGGUCAUUGAUACUCUUAUCAAACCCAUCAGAUAAUAACAAAACCUCCCGAACACCUCCCCCCACGCACUGACGAUCGACCGAGAGUGCUUGUCACCGCCUAUCGAUCUCAAUGACAUGCAAUAAAGUAAGAUAGAUGAAAGACAUUCUUGGCCCUAGCAG